AUGGCACUGAGGGGGCUAGGUCUAGUGCAUGCCACGGGGCUUUCCGUGCAAGAAGACGCAGCUUGGGCAGGCAAGCACAUCAAGCACAGCAGCGCCAGCCAGCAAGGUGCUCUUUGGAACUUUGCACCCACUGCACCACAAAGCGCAGUAGGCCCGCCAGCGCCAAACAUCGAGGCCCUGAAACGUGCCGUCUCUCACAAGAGCCGGGUAGCCCUUCGAGAAUACAAGCCAGGCGACAUGGUCUAUGUCUUCCGCGAGGGCAAGGGCAAGAGCAAACGUGUGGCUUCGAAGUGGCUGGGGCCUUGCACAGUCAUCGGCCCAGAAGGGCAGAAUUAUUGGGUGGCAAGAGGUGGCCGAUGUCUUUUGGCAGCUGGGGAACACCUACGCCCAGCUGAGCAUGAAGAAGUUAGCGAAGCAUUGCGGAUCAAAGCCGCGCUUUUGCAACUCAAAGAAUGCGCCGAUGCUGACUUUGAACAAGAAGUAGACGAGGAGAUGCCUGAGCAGCCGCAGGCACUUGGAGACAUUGCUAUGGAGGCUGAGGACGAGAAGGACAUGGAGGUGGAUGGGUAUGGCAACCCCGCCCCUUUGGUCUUCGACAGUUUUGGACACGUUCCACCCGAGCAAGUUGCCAAUGCUCGGCUGCGGGAAGAGGCCAUUCUGAGGGAGACGAGGAAGAGAAGCUCUUUAGAUGACGUCCCCGUGUCCAUUAAGACCAAGGCCGUGAAGGUGCAGACCUCCAACGAGGCCAGCGCAGAGACGCAGUAUCUGGCCCGACAGGCCAAACCAGGCCUCACCGACAAAGCACUGGAGAAAGAGAUCCCGUGGAACCUCAUCCAGCCCGAGGAGAAGGAGCUCUUCAAGCAGGCGGAGGAUGUGCAGUGGGAGGAACACAUCAAGUUUGGGGCUGUCCGCCCUCUGUCUGUGGAGGAAAGUCGCCAAGUGGAAGAACGAUAUGGACGCGAACGCAUUUUGACGUCCAGGUUCCUCUACAGAGACAAGAAUCUAGCAAAACGGAGGAAUGACCCGGGCAUCCCUUGCAAGGCCAAGGCCCGUCUUUGUGUUGGUGGGCAACGGGAUCCAGACCUUGGUGUGGUCGAGAUGUCAGUGGACGCCCCCACUUCCAACAGGCACUCUCUUUUGCUUGGUUUGGUGGUGGCUCUGUCGCGAGGAUGGAAAAUCUCCAUUGGCGACAUUAGAGCAGCUUUCCUCAAUGGUGUGGAAGCGCCUCGACGUCUUUUCUUUAGGCAACCUGUGCGUGGCAUCCGCUCACUACAUCCAGAGCAGCUGAUCGAGAUCCUCAAGGGGGUGUUUGGACUUUCUACAUCUCCUAAAUUGUGGUGGCUGAAACUUUCCAAAGAUCUCUUGAGCAUUGUGGUGGUCAUUGGAGAAGCACGUUUUAUCGUCGAGCAGAACGAGAUCGACCCAUGCGCUUUCCGUCUGGUGGAGCAGGCAUCACGCCGAGUGGCUGGCAUGAUCUUCACGCAUGUAGAUGACUUGAUGGUCAUGGCCGAGAACGACUUGCUUAUCGCGUUUCAGAAGGCGGUGGCUGAGAAGUUCCCAGUCGAUGAUUGGGAGAGCGAUUCCUUUGAGUACGUGGGCUGUGAAUACCACGUCACAUCGGAGUGCGUUGAGAUCAAGCAGGCCAACUAUGUGGAGACGCGCUUGAACAAGAUCUCCAUUCCUUCGAACAUCAAGGAUGAGGACGAGGUCGGUAAGGACCUGGUGGAUCAGCAUCGGUCAGUCGUGGGCUGCUUGUCAUGGCUCGCCAAGCAGACCAGGCCCGACCUACAGUUCAUGGUGGCGCAGGCUCAGAGGGUCCAGGGCAGGCCCUCCUUGGCGGACAUCAAGGCCGUGAAUCGCAUUGUGGAGCAGGCCAAGAAGUUCAAGGACAAGGGCCUAAAGAUUGUCAAGAUCCCUGAGGAGCACAUGACAGUCCUUGGGUAUCACGAUGCGGCGUGGGCAAAUGUGCAGCUCGAUGGCCGCACUGCAGAAGACGUGGAGCGGUGCCUGAACAAUGAAGCAGCGCCCGCAACAUUGCUAGAUUGGCGCAGCCAUGGUAGCACGAGGGUGUGUCGUUCAACAUUUGCAGGUGAGACGAUGGCAUGUGGAGAAGCACUCGAAUCUGGUCUCUACUUGCGCAGCUUGCUCCUUUCGUUUUUGAAAGGUGGCGUUGUGAAGGAGGCAGAGGCUGGAGCAGCGAUUGGAAUCCAUUUGCUGACCGAUUGCAAGUCUCUUUUUGACCAUUUGCACCGAGAGGGGGUACCGCGUCCCCCGAGUGAGCGUCGUUUAGCACUGGAUUUGGCUUCAAUACGCCAGACCCUCAUGAUCGAAGCACACCACGAAUGGAAGAGGAUGUGUGGCGUCGGCAGCAUCACUCCAGAGAAGCCUUGCAAAGCACCAAUUCACUGGGUGGUCCUUUUGGGCUUCGGCUUCGUCGGCUGGGUCUUCUCCUUAUCGCCCGCCACGGAUUCGGAAGGACGUGCCAAGGCCUCCUCCCUGGCGGGUUUGGAAGACAUCGAUGACAAGUUGGAGGCUAUGGAGAAGAUGACGCCGGAAGAGGCGGAUGAAUACCAGAUGCGACGUGGUGGCCUGAAGAGGGAGAAACCAGAGAAGCAAAAAGAGGAGUUCCAAUUCAUCGCCAUCCCUGGUGCGGACACCCUCUACACCGUGCUACAGGAGGGUACUGAAGGUGCCGCCACGGUGCAACCGGGCGAUGAAGUGACGGUGCAUGCCACUGGUUUGGUCACUCAGACGAAGACCAAGUUCUGGAGUACCAAGGAUGCUGGACAGCAGCCGUUCACCUACACCUGCGGGGGUGGAGUCAUUAAAGGAUGGGACAUGGGCGCCCGAGGUAUGACCAAGGGCGAGAUCCGAGGCUUACGCAUCCCCGCCUCAGAAGGUUAUGGUGGACGUGGCUUUCCAUCUUGGGGAAUCCCACCCAAUGCAGAUUUGCUCUUUGAGAUUGAGGUCCAAGUCUUAGCUUUCACAGAAACUGGGACAUCCAGUCGACAUUUCACAGAAUGGUACUACAUCCAGUCAUAA